UGGGAGGACUGAUGAACUCAUUGGUGGUUACGUUUGUUGUUUCCGCCAUAUGUAAUCCCAUGUUUUCAUCGCGUCUUGGACAGAGCUGUGUGUUCAGUUAGCGGAUUUGCAGCACAACGCACUUGUGAGUGAUGGCGUCCGACUCCCCGCGCAGACCGAGCCGCUGUGCUGGAGGGGUUGUGGUUCGAGCCCAGGCUGCUACGGAGCAGUCUUACAUGGAGAGUGUAGUGACCUUUUUGCAAGAUGUGGUCCCUCAGGCCUACACUGGGACACCUCCAACAGACGAAAAAGAAAAGAUCAUUUGGGUUCGGUUUGAAAAAGCAGACAUCAAUGAUGUGGCCCGCUCACCAGAGUUACUGGAAAUGCACGGCAGUGGAGUGGACCCUCCUCUCUGUUUGAUGAUUGGCUAUGGAGACGGAAUGCAAAUCUGGAGUGUAUCACUGACUGGAGAAGCUCAGGAGCUGUUCUCUGUGCGGCACGGCCCAGUGCGAGCCGCUCGUAUCCUCCCAGCCCCUCACAUUAGUCCCCUGAACACUGACAGCUUUGCAGAGAAGCGGCCCCUCCUCGGUGUUUGCAAGAGCACAGGCUCCUCGGGGACCAGCCCACCAUACUGCUGUGUGGAUCUGUAUUCUCUAAGGACAGGAGAGAUGGUCAAGUCAAUUCAGUUUAAAACGCCCAUUUAUGAUCUACACUGCAACAAAAGGAUUCUUGUCAUCAGUCUUCAAGAAAAGAUAGCUGCCUUUGACAGCUGCACUUUUACAAAAAAAUUCUUUGUCACAAGCUGCUAUCCUUGUCCUGGUCCCAACCUCAACCCCAUAGCAUUAGGAAGCCGGUGGUUGGCCUAUGCUGAGAACAAGCUGAUCCGGUGUCAUCAGUCACGUGGCGGGGCAUGUGGUGAUAACUCCCAGUCGUACACUGCCACCGUUAUCAGUGCUGCAAAAACACUAAAGACAGGGCUGACUAUGGUGGGGAAAGUAGUCACCCAGCUUACAGGCACACUUCCCUCUGGAGCACCCGAUGAAGAGGGCGCGGCCCACAGCAGCACUCGCCGUAGCCCUCACCAACCCGGCGUGGUUACUGUCAUAGACACACACACUGUGGGAGAGGGACAGGUACUUGUGAGUGAAGACUCUGAUGGAGAGGGAGUGGUCGCUCAUUUUCCAGCUCAUGAUAAACCAAUAUCCUGUAUGGCAUUCAACCCAAGUGGUAUGCUGCUGGUGACUGCUGAUACAUUAGGGCACGAUUUUCACGUCUUUCAAAUCCUCACUCACCCAUGGGCAUCGUCACAGAGUGCAGUUCAUCACCUGUACACUCUGCACAGAGGUGAAACUGAGGCUAAGGUGCAGGACAUCUGCUUUAGUCCUGACUGCCGCUGGGUGGUGGUCAGCACACUGCGUGGCACCUCGCAUGUCUUCCCCAUUAACCCGUACGGUGGUGCACCGUGUGCCCGCACACACCUGUCGCCACGCGUCGUGAACCGGGUGAGCCGCUUUCAGAAAAGCGCCGGCCUCGAGGAGAUCGAACAGGAGCUCAACAGCAAGCAGGGUGGCCGCUGCAGCCCCAUCGCCGGCCUCUCCAGCAGCCCGUCUGGAUCUCCUCUACACGCUAAACUCACCAACCAAGACUCUUAUAACAACUUCACCAACAACAACAUGGGGAAUCCGCGGCUGUCCCCCCUGCCCAGCUUGACGGUGGUGCUGCCCCUGGCUCAGAUUAAACAGCCCAUGACUCUGGGCACCAUCACCAAGCGCACAGGACCCUACCUCUUCGGGGCAGGAUGUUUUUCCAUUAAAACUCCAUGUAAAGCCAAGCCACCGCCCCAAAUCUCCCCUAGCAAGUCUAUUGGAGGCGAGUUCUGUGUAGCUGCUGUGUUUGCAUCUUCACGCUCUUGGUUUAUCACCAACCCUAACAUGAAGAGAGAAAAAGAUCAGUCUCGCCAGGCCGUGGUCGACUCCCUGUACAUUGCAAGCUGCUAUGGCACUCUGGUGGAACAUGUUCUGGAGCCUCGGCCAAUUAGCACAGCACAGAAGAUAGGUGAUGACACACCUCUGGAGUUAAACACGUGCCCCAGGGCAUGCUGGAAUCUGGCCAGAACACCGCAGUGGAACGAGCUGCAACCUCCUUUCAGCAGCAGCCACCCCCUGGUGCAGGCCUCAGACUUGGUGCAGUACUAUCAGUACCUCCUGGCUGGCUUGUUGCCUCCAGGAAGUCCAGGGCCCAUCACCAGGCAGGGUUCCUAUGACAGCCUGGCCUCAGACCACAGCAGUCAGGAGGAUGAGGAGUGGCUCUCGCAGGUGGAGAUAGUGACCCAUACUGGUCCUCACAGGCGGUUGUGGAUGGGUCCUCAGUUCCAGUUUAAGACCAUUCACCCAUCAGGACAGACUACAGUCAUCUCCUCCAGCUCAUCUGUGCUGCAGUCCCAGGGGCCCAGUGAUACCCAGCAGCCCCUGCUUGACUUUGAUACUGAUGACUUGGAACUGCAUAGCCUCAGGAUCCAGCCUGUGCGCUCUGAGCCUAUGACUAUGCCCGGCUCCUCUUGCCUGAUUCCAGAGCGUGUAGGCCAGGCUACAGUCAUUGAUACCGGCUCAGGCACAUUUGACCACAGCGUGACCCUGCUGGAGGUGUGUGGCAGCUGGCCCGAGAGUUUUGGCCUGCGUCACAUGUCCUCUGUGGAUGCCACAGACGACGGCUUGAGAGAGAGGCUUGCUGAAGCCAUGUCUGAGUCACCCAGCAGAGAUAUUGUAGGCUCUGGAACAGCGGAGCUGCAGCGAGAAGGCAGUAUCGAGACACUGAGUAACAGCUCAGGCUCCACAAGUGGCAGCAUACCUCGUAACUUUGAAGGUUACCGCUCUCCUCUGCCCACAAACGAGAGCCAGCCGCUCAGCCUUUACCCCACAGCGUUCCCGUAGAGAGCUUCUCCUCUGUGACAACCUUUCCACCUCUUUAUCCCAUCACAUAGGAAGUGCUCCCCUUCCUCCAUCCAGUGGGUGUUUGUUGUGUGCAAUGUUGACUUCACCUUCCGCCCAGCCAAUCUUCGCGUGAAGAGCAAUGAAAAAAAAUCCCUUCACAUCAGGGUGGAAAUGGAAGCGAGACCUGCAUGCAGGCUUUUAGUAAAUGUGCCACUUGAUUCUUACUUGUGUAACAAACAUAGAGAGAGAGAGAGAGAGAGUGAGAGUGAGAGAGAGAGAGUGUGAGUAAGAGGGGAACGUUUAGCUCCUGCAAGUAAUUCAUUCUGUCACAGCUGCCAUUUUGUCCUUUUCUCAAACACUGAUACUGGAUAGUCCAAAAAAUCCUCAUGUGCAGUUGAAACAUGUUCAUGCCAAUAUAUCAUGGGCAUUGAGAUUCAUGGUGUAACUUAAUGUAUCUGUUUGUUAUUCCACGUGUUGUUUGGGUCUAGUUUCCCUCUCAGCCAAAAGAUUAAACAUGUUCCAUUCAAAAUUUUUUUUUUUUUUUUUUUGGCUUAACAUUGCAGUAGUUGAAAUUUAUAUCUAUGGCAAGUUUAAAUAGUAAAGAUAAAGCCCAUGUAUUUCUAAAUUAAAAUGUAAUCUUAAUCAGUUAAUCAUUUUUAAUGAGUAAAUAGUUUUUUUGGGGGUUUUUUAGAAAAUGGUUUCACAAACGUUGUCUAGUAUGCUGAUCUUCUGACAAGUUUUACAAAACACCUCCUGUGUGUAUUUCCUUCAUGAAGAUACCAGGAGUGUGCAAAGCUUCAUUAAAAAUACACAAUUUGAAAUAUAAAGCAGUGAAAUCUGUCAACACAUUUGCUCAUCACUGUAUAAUUUCAUGUGUGUUAUUUCAUUGUGUUACUCGCUGCAUUAUUCAGAUUAGAAAACAGUAAAAGAUGCGUCCACGUGUCUGACUGAUCGCAUGCAUCUAACGGGGAAGAUCAGGACACACUGCUUUUUAUGCAAAAUUUCUUUGACUAGUUGCUGAAUCUUAAUGUUGCCUUUGUAUUAAUGUAUAAAUAUACUAUUUACAUGGUCACUUUUAUGAUCAUACCAAAUGAUACAAACAUUACAUUUAUAUCUCACAAGAAUAAAAAUCUAUUUUAGUAUUUUAUAUGAUUAUUUGGGGGAAAGAAAUAUAACGUGACUGUUUUGUUUUUUCCUCUCAAAUUAGUGAUUGUAAAUGUUCACUAAUACUACUGCUAAUGUUAAAAUGUUGCAUACGGUUUCUCUGCUCUUUUGCUCACAUCUAUGGUUUAGCUUUUUUUUUUGUACUAAAUGUUUUCUAUGUAUGUGGCUUUGAUUUGCUGUGUGUGCUGUGUAUCCUCUCUUUUGCUUUUUAAAUGUAUUGAUUACUGGGUCAAUUGUCUGCUAGUAAAUAAGCCACUUAGUGUUGGUUUCCUUUUGAAUUUUUUAGGAUAUUCAUUGUAAAAACCUCUUGACUCUGUCUGUGUGUAACGUCGUUUAAAGGGAGUUAAUAACUGGGUAGCAAAUCUCUAUCUCUGAGAACACACACACACACACACACACACACACACACACACACACAUACAUAUAUAUGUGCACUCACAUAUCAGUUUGCUUUGUUAUGACAUUUUUAAAGGAACCAUUCUCCUGAACUGGAAUAAACAGGACAUGACAUGACAGGACAUAAAGAAAUACCAGUGAUAUUGAUGAAGGUUUUGCUGUAAUAGCUUUCAGCUCAGCUUGUGGCAUAAUGAAAGCUGUUAUGGUUGGAUUGGACAUCGUAGCAACACUGUGGUGCAUGUGAUGUGAAGGGAUUGCUGGACUCACUCACUGAAUGAUUUACAAAGGUCAAAAUUGGCAUGACUAUAUCCCAAUGAACGAAUCGUACAUGAUUUUUUGUGAGCCGUUAUAUGCUUUUGAAUGACACUGAUUUAAUCCUGUUGAAUAUAAAUCCAUGCAAGUAAAAUGAUCUGUCAAAUGCA